CACGGGCACUGUGGCUCGCUCCCUAAGGCUCUAGUUCACUCCAGGAUGAGACGGCCCUGUGGCACUCUGAGCCGGGAUUAACAAGCAGAGAGCAGUUUGUCCCGACAGCCGCUCGCCGAAGUCGUUUGCUUUGCAGCCCGUCCAGCAAAAAACAAGCAACACCUGCUUCUAUUCCAGGAGUGUGAAAUGCUGAUGGAAGUCAGCUACAGUAACGGGCUGGAGCCUGACCUUUCCCAGCAGUAUCCUCCGCCCUUGCUGCCAAAACCAGGCAAAGACAACGCAAGGCUUCAGAAACUCAAGAAGAAGAGAGCCAAGAAAAAAGGCAGUCUCUCUCAGACGCCUGUCCCCUUUCGCUCCUGUUUGUCGCCUGUCAAUGAAGCGAGCACAGACCUCGAGCACAGUGACCAGUCCAGCCCACCAAGGACACCAGAUUCAGCAUAUGUUGCAGACUCCUCAGUGUCCAGUUUCCCCUUUGGCUCCCUUCAUGAUCACUCUGCAUCUGCAUUCCCUCAUCCUCAGAACAGCCCCUGUGGCCAAACUGUCAGCUUCCCCCCUAAGUCCUACAGAGCUCAGACUUCUGAAGAGCAGGUUGCUCCACUGUAUGAGUGCUCCUCUUUUUUAUUCGAUGAAGCGGCUCCCUUCACAAUGCCACCUUUGUCACCACCCCGAUCACCACCUGAGCAGGUCCCAGCACCGCCACCUCCUUCUGCUUUCAAUUUAAACCUGACACCAAAUUCCCAUGGGUCAGUCACAACAGUCCCUCCCGUUGCUCCUGUACUGCAGUCUAGCCCUAAAAUAUCAACUCACAGCUUGACCCUAUCCCCAGCCGCCCCCAACUGUGGUCCAGGCUCAGCACCUUCUCAAGUUGCAGACCUACCUCCCGUUCCAGUGCUGCUAUCACUUUCAAACACCCAGACACAACCUUUUAUUCUCAGCCAGAGGGAGACAAACGCCAUUUCAAAGGACAGCCCCCAGAGCCAGAUGUCAUCUUGGACUGCAAGACCUACCAGUAAUGGCAACUUUGUCCCGAGCCAGAUGUCCCCUGAGAUAACUGCCUCAAAAAUAUCACUUGUUGAAGCAGUGAAAGAAUCAAAAUCUGACGCCCCACAAACCAGGAUUUAUACAUCAAAGGCAACAUUUUAUGAGAUUUCUAAACCCCCUUCAAUCCAGGACCUCACAGUAAUAAACCCAGCAUACCAGGGAGCAUCACUGUCUGAAGUACACAGGAACAAAACAGCUGUGUCAGUGGAGAAAACUGAUCAGACACUGUCUGUGUCCAGGACUCAGAGAGGAAGACCUAAGACCCCCUCUUGCACACCGACUCAAAUGUCCACACCUAUUUUUGAAAUAUCCAAACCUAACCCACUUUUAUUUGCUGCAAGUCCUGCUUUCAACUGCUCUCAAGAUUUACAGGCUCCCGCUAUUAUCAACGAGACUCCACGACACAAAUCAGCAAUUCAAACUGGUAUAAGUAAACCUCCUGCUGCCACAGAAGAACUGAAUCGAACUGAUGUUAAUCACAUAACUUCCACCAAACAAAACAGCAAUUACAAAGAGAUAGAGAUUCAACAUACUCGAAGGAGUACGAUAAAUUUAAGCCUUGCCAAUACUGAGCUGUACCACAGAGAGAAUUUAGCAUCAAGUAUCAGUGCACCUGAAUCCCCUGUGGUCAAACCAACACUGAUAGAAAAAACUCCAACACUAAAAACACAGCAAAUUGCAGAAAGUGAAGCUUCAUCUUUGCCAAAGGUUCCAUCAUUUCUCUCUGUGCCAAAGACUUCAAAUCUCAACCCUACACCAAUGAUUUCAAUGCAAGCACCGACAAGUCCAAGCCCCCUGUCAUCCCCUAAUCGUCCUCCUGUGUUUGAGGCACGCAAGUCCUUGACGUCGCUGUUGGAGACUCAAAUGUCAUUGGCAUCCUCGAAGCCCAAAUCACGAUCAACGUAUUAUGGGCUUACUCCGGCUGAGUAUGUUGCCUAUGGUGGGAUUAGGACUAUUGUAUCACAUCACAGUCCUGUACCCUACAGGGUUAACGAAGCCUCUUUGAACACAGCGCUGUCAGACGUAACUGUAAAUGGAUCACACAUCUCCAAUGCAACAAAACAACUCAAUGGACAUCAAGAUCUUCCCUCUUCGGUGGGGGUUUUUGCUGCUCACAGUUUACAACCCUUGUCAUCUCCAAAGAAUUCAGAGCAUCCAGUUGAAUGGAUGGUCACGCGUGGUAAAGAUGUGUUUGAGGAAAGUCGGUCUGAAGCUCACAGUAUUGGAAUACAAUCACUUAAAACAUCUAGCAUGGACACAAAAAAACCUGAGUUUCCUCUUGGCUUGGCACAGAAAACAAUGCAACAAUCCACAAGUGACGUUUCCACACCAAAAGCCUCAUACUCUGAGGCUCCAAUACCAAUACCUAAAGCAGGUGAGGUACACACACAAAGUGCGGCACUAUUUUCUAUAGAGGCAGCACUGAAUACAACUCCAUGCCUGACUGAUAGCAGUGGUCUGUUGAGUUCUUCCUCCACCUUAGUGAAAGUUGAAUCAAAUGCAGAAACACAGCAUAGUGCAAAAGGGAUAGAUGCCAUAGAGAAUAAUGACAAUCUUGAGAAAACACCUGCAAAAGGAGAAUCCAAGGUCACAGAUACCAAACAACAGUCAGGACUAAUAGAAAUAGUGCCGGUCCAAUCUUACCAAACAGCUGGUGGAGUCAGUCCAUCAACAGCCAAUGGAAUCAGUGCUCAACUCACUGCCAAGCCUGACUGUAAAAUACUGGCUACCAAUAUGGUUUCAGAAACACCACUGCCCAGCAAAGUAGCUACUGAAACGGCCUUCCUGUCUAAACAAAGGGAGGAGGUUAAGCAGCAAAUCAAAGCAACAAGUGAGGUUAUUCCUCCCAAUAAGACAAGCAUAGGGAACAUUUUGCCUUCUGUGGCUGCUAAUAUAGAACGUAUCCUUGACAAAGCAAGUACAGAGCCCCAAUUCUCAAACCUGUUUUCAAAUGAACCAGUUGCCACAGGAUCCAUGUUGCCACAUGAGCCAGUCACAGCCUCUGUAUGUUCUGCACAGUCCAGUAUCUGCACAGUAUCUGCAGCUGAGCAAAGCACCAAAUUCAUUAAGCAGCUCAGUGCAGAAACUCAAAUUUACAGUCAUAGUCAAACAGCAGAAAAUAAAAUGCAGCUUCCCCGACCAGGUCUCGGUUUGAAAUCGUCUCAAGCACCAACUGUGCUAAGCCCAUCUGCUGUAAAUACAACACUACUGGGUAAACCUACCAGCGAGGCAAAACUCCCAGGCCUAUUUAAUGGUGCAAACAAAUCACCCAAUGUUUCAGACGUUAAAUUCCCUUUAGAGACAGAACUAUUAAAUGUGUCAACAAAAGAGCCCCAAAAGCCAAACAAAAUUAAUGAGAAUGUACUCGUAAACACACAGAGUAACAUAGGGUUGAGUGGCCAAGAUAGAACUGUCCAAGGAGCAAACGUCUACACAAACUCAAGCAGAACUACAGUAGCGAUUACACAGGCCUCUGAAACCACUCUUAAUAUCCCUGCUAAAGAUGCACUACCAUCUAGUCAAGUAAAUAUAGAAGCCAAACCUCCAACUCAUAUUAAUAGUAACACUGUUAAAGUCAGCAGCGCAACAGUAGACACAGAAUGGUAUCUACAACUCACCAGUGGAAGAGCAGGUGUAAUGACCGGGAAAAUGCAAACAGAGCAUUCUACCACUAUACCUAUUAGAACAGAAAACAUUCAAACAAAACCAGCUCCUAAUCUUUCAAAAGGAAAUGUAGAACAGCCCACACCUAGCAGUGAAACCAAACUGUCCAACAAAUCAUGUGCAGGAUUUGUAACUGUCAGCAAGUUUUCCACAGACAAGGUCUCACCUGGACAACCAGGAGGUGUAGAGGCUGGUCAACAUAGCACACCUGCUACAGAAAUGGCACAGUCAUACAAAUCCUGUCUGGGCAGCAAUGUUCCUUCUACUGAAACUAGAGUCACCAACAAGCUUCAUACAGAAGCUAUUCUGCCAAUGAUGACAGAUCCAGCUGUGAGUAGUAAACCAACAUUUAAUAGUGUGCAGGUCAGUAAAUCAACUGUGCCAUUGAGCCCAACCAUGAGGCAUGUCCCACCAAAAAGCCCUCAGCUGAGAUCAGAGAAGCCUGCAAAAUCUGUCUCUGGACCUGUUGCCCAAACAGGAGUCUACACAAACUCAAAAGCAGACAGUAAACAGUUUGCCAGCCUUCUUGCUGAGCAAAGAUCAUCUGAGACAUCUGUGCCUCAAAUUACUACUAAAACUGCUGUAAAAGAACAAUCCCCUUACAUCCAGCCAAUUAUUGACAAUAAAUCUUUAGCAAGUCCCACUACAAAAACUAAACACUCUAUAAUGGCCAGUACUGAGGCAACAACUUCCCUUUCCACCGGUUAUAUCACAGCUGACAAAUCUAAUAUCAGUGGAGAACAGCAAACUAUUAUAACACCAGGUCAUAUCAUGCUAUCAGAAGACAAUGUUCAAGCCUCUGCAAAUUUAGUAAGCUCUCAGACUGGAAUGAAACAGUUUUGGCAACCUGUCAUUGAAGCAAAGAAAUCUAUAGAAACUCAUGCUCAUGCUGUACACACUCAAGCCCUCUCACACCCUGCUUUAAGUAACUACUCUGCUACAAACAUUCAGCCCCUUAGGGAAGUGAACAGAGAUUUUAAAUCCCCACUUAGCCCUCCUACCGUAUGUAAACCUUGGACUGCAACAAGAGCUUCCCCUCUACCCGAGAAAAGAGUAUAUAGUACACCUAUACAGACCUAUACUCCAACCUUACCCCAGUGCUCUCAAACUCCUGUCUUUUUAAACCACACAACAGAAACGACACCCCAGAUAAACCCUCCCACUGCACCUCUUCAAAAUAAUACACCGACUAGCACGAUUCAGCCUUCUGCUAAGUCGUUUAACAAGAACAUCUCAAAACCAGAAAUAAAAUCACCCCCAACUAAGGACACUUCACUCCCUGAGGUAAAAGUACAUUCCCAAAAGCAACAACUAAAAGCAAACAUAGAAUCAAACUCCAGUAAAGAAGGAAAACUCUUCCCACUGAUAACUGAAGCUAGUGCUCCCAUCCAUUCUACUGAUAAAACCAGUGAACCUACUUUUAAAUCAAAACCUCCCACUAAGCAGGUAGAGUCAAGACCCUCCUCUGCCACUGUAGAAACGAAAUCAUCAGUUGUAAAAAACGAUUCUUCUAAGUCUUCCCCCAAUCUGGUCCAGAUUAGGUCUGGACCAGAUUUAGAGCUACCAGUACUGAACAUUUCCCCUGCAAAGCCAGCAACAGAUACUGUCAUGAACCCGUCCAUAGUUAAAGCCGCUAUGAUUGACUCUGCCACUCCUGCCUCUCUGCCUCAGGCCUCAGUCUCAGUCAAAGCUCCAUCCCCAAACAGAGGAACGUCACCGCCAUCUCAGCAAAAAGCUGGACUCAAAGACAAGGAUGUUCUGAAGACCAAAACUACGCCUGCACCGACAGAAACCCUGGCAGCCGAACCCUCCACGAAGUCAGCGACAUCAACUGCAUCUUCAACUGCUGAAAAGAAGGUUGUUACAACAGAGACAACCCCUUCAUCCGCUGAGCUGAAGGCAGCCCAGAAGCCGAAAGGCCUUAAGGGUAAGCUCAGCGGAUGGACACGGCUCAAGAAACACAUGGUUGUCGAUCCGGAGGAACCUAAGUUUCCAGAGCCAGAGGCCAAAUGUGAGGUUGAUGCCAGUGGCAGCAACGAGAAAACAGAUCAAGAUGGUGGUGAUAAGUUGUCAGCAGACCAAUGUGAAAACAAGGAUGUGGUUAGGAACAAAGAAGGUCCCAGGGCGUUAAAGAUGUGGGAUGCCCUCCUCUUUCAGAUGUUCUCCACCAAAGAGCGAAUAAUGCAACAAAUCAACACGACCAAGAAAGAUUCAGACAAGAAAAAGGCCUCUAAAGACAAUCAGGCAGAAGUUCCCUCUUUUGUCAACCGCCUGCCGAUUUUACUCUAUAGCCCCCGAUUUGAUGCCAGGAAGCUUAAAGAGGCAGUGGAGAAGCCACUCACUAAAAUAUCAGCUGUGUUUGAAAGGGGGCUGAUAAAACGCAAAUCUCAGGAGGACGAACGCAAAGACUUCAACAGAACAGCCAGAGGAUUCAAUUCAUUGAAAACCACAGAUAUGUAACUUGAACUGAUACAAAAGUAUACUUGGGUUUGAUAAAUUAUUUCUCUGUUGGGUAACUCAUGAUGAGAUAGAAAGAUGCAGUGGUCUCAGCGCGGUGAGGGAGCCUCAUAGAAAAGGUCAUUUGUGCAUUUCUGCAAUAGAAUAGCUGAAGUUAAUUUUAUAAAAUGGGGUUGCAGUGAGGAGGCAGAUUAUUCUUGAGGGGAAAAUAGAUUAGAAUUGUUAUUGUUUACUGCUUAAUUAAAAUCUACUUGAUCCAUUGGUCUUUAAAUUUAAACUUGGAAAGCAAAGAAAUUUCACAAAAAAAUUCAUCCCUAUGUAAAAUAAAUCCAUGCACCAUAUUUGAUAUUCUCAUCAGUUGUGGUUAUUGAGUAUAUAUAAGUGUAAAAAUACCUGUGUUAGCUUUCAGAGCUCAGAGUUGUUACUACAGCUGUAAUACAGGGGUGGCAUCUUUGCACUUUUAAUUAAAUCAAAUAAGGAUGAAAAGACCCUAACCCUAAGGCAAUGAAAGCAAGGAACACUCAGCAUCUCUACUCUGUUAGUCUUCUUUUUUCAUUUGAUGGUGUCCUAAAUAGGCUGUAGUGUUGAAUGCAUGAACUGUAGAUACUUUGAUAGAUAAAAGAUUGUUUUAUUUUGUCAUGCUCCACCUUUUUCUAUUUUUCUAAACAAAGUGAGGCUUUUAGUGAACACCGCUGGUAGGCAGUUUUUAAUCUCUGUAAUAAAUAGGGCUUUUACAUUCCUGGAACAACAGGGCAGAUGGAAAACAGAUGAGUGAAGGGUAAAGGUCUAGUCAGAACAGAUUCAGGUUUCUGCAAGUCAGGGAUGGGUGGAGGUGUGAUGGGAAAUGUCCGGGCUUUCGAUCAGGGCAGGAAACUACAACCACGCAGGCUGGUACAAUUUGGGUCUGGGCAACAUGGUUUCUCAAGCUGAGAAACCUUUUUUUUUUCCCUGACAUCGUCAACAAGUUAUUAAUCUGAGGUGUGAGGAUGUUUUCCCAAAUUCCGUAAACAUGGGGAUUAAUUGUUUUCAUCCAACAAUGAUGAUAUGAUAAAAUUUCCAGCCCGUGUAACAGAUAAACGUAGGGACCAGCUUUGUUCUGUUGGUGGUUAGUAUUCUCCUGCUUUGUGAUGCAUUGUCCAGGCCAUGAACAGUAUCACUGAGUUAGGAGUGUGAUUAAGACGUAGAAGUGAAAACCAGUGAAUGACGAUGAUUAUGGUGAAGAGGCUUGCUGUAGGAGAACAGACUGAAGGAAAUCAAGUGACAGUUGGAGAAAGAGGGCAGAUAUUAUAUGUGGUAUGAUAUUUUACGGCUUUGGAGGACUUUGCUGCUGCUGCUGCUGCUGUAGCAGUUGUAAGUAUGUUGUAGAAGUUAUUUUGAUCCAUUUUGUCUCUAUAUUGGAUUUUAAAAAUUGUUGUUUUCCACAAUCUGACCAUCAUGAUGUGGAAUUUUGUUUAGGUGAGGGGGACUUUACCCCUAUAAGCUAACCACGGCCCUAUUUAUUACACUGAUGCUUAAACUAUGUUUUGUUUACUGUGUGAUUCUCAAAAAUGCAUAAAGCUGAAUGUGAAAUUCU